AUGGCUUCUCGUCAGCAGCAGCCAAAGAAAAGGGAUAGAACCAACGAGAACUGCGAUAAAACGGUCAAAAACAUCAUGUGGCGUUGUGAGCAGAUACGACGACGGUACGGGGCCGACGUAUACGUCCAAGUCCGCUUCAAAAGCAGAUCAUAUGAAUACACGUCUUUCAAUGAGCACAAUUUCCCCAAAUCUCGCGCUGAGUUGGUAAGUUCAAUCACAUCAGAGCCCUUUAAGGCUACCUCUAAGGCUAAGGUUUGGAAGAAAACGAUCUACCCGGUUCCGGUGACAAGAUCGCCACUGGACUAUGCGGAAAGAAAAUCUCGAAGCGACGCCAAAGGCCAAUCUGGCGUGGGUAGUGGUUGA